CCGUUACCCGCUUGACCUAUCCGCAGUGGAGGUUAUAAGUCGCCCAGCCAUGCACCUCGACACUUUCAACUAUUUGCCACGACUCUCACUAUCGUUACCAUACUGCAUAACUCCUCAAACCUAUUCUCUCACCCCAUCGCUCAUCCGCUAUGAUUCAAAUGAGCUCUAUAUUGCCCACAUUCGUUGGGCACAUCUUGACUUCCGGCAAUCUGCGGUAUCGACUCCUAGAAUCAGUGGGCUUCGGCGCAUAUGGAGUGGUGUAUCUUGCUCUGGAUCUUAACAGUCCGGAAGAGAAACCUCAACUUUACGCAAUCAAAUGUCUUCUCAGACAUCCAGACGACUCCGAACUAGCACGAAAUCAAGAACGCGAGAUCAACCUUCAUUGUAUGGUCAGCCCUCACCCAAACGUUGUCACCCUUCACCAUGUCAUUGUCGAGGAGCACUACGUCUUCCUCGUGAUGGACUACUGCUCAGGUGGUGACCUUUUCGGCGCCAUAAUGGACCGGGGUCGUUACAUCAAUAACGACGCGGCGGUGAAGAAGACGUUCUUGCAAUUGAUCGAUGCUGUAGAGGCAUGUCACAAACAGGGCAUCUACCAUCGAGAUCUUAAACCAGAAAACGUGCUAUGCUCGGCAGACGAUGAUCAAAUCUAUCUCGCAGACUUCGGGUUGGCCUCUCAGACAGAAGUCAGCAACACCUUCGGAUGCGGAAGCUCGUUCUAUAUGAGUCCAGAAUGCCUGGGUAUCAUUACCUGGAAAGCGCCUUACUUUCCACGUAACUCUGAUGUUUGGUCGCUGGGCGUCAUUCUCAGUAAUAUGCUCACAGGACGCAAUCCUUGGCACGUCGCCUCCGCAGACGAUCAUGGCUUUGGGGAGUUUCUUCGCAACGGGGCCCCAUUUCUCCGUCGAGCCCUUCCAAUCUCCCGGAGCGCUUCCCAUCUGUUGACGCGCACGUUCGACCCAGACCCAGACGUCCGAUAUACGCUACAGGAGUUGAGAAUGGGAAUUAUCAAUAUCGACACAUUCUUCCUUCCGCAAAAGGCACUCGACGUACCUUCGAUACCUCCAAUGAUUGUUGUGAAGCAUCCUCAUGUCGACACUCCCAUGGAGGACGCGACCCUCGCUACCGCCUCUGUCGCGUCUGGGGUACCUCCGACGCUGAGAGUUGACAUUGUCGCCGCGCCCUUCGCGGACGAAUGUGGAAAUGCCUCACCCGUCGACAUAAUUGACGAGUUUGCGGAGCCGCCCCCUCUGUCUUCAUCACGAUCGGCAUCACCAGUUGAAAGCGAUGGACCUGCCACUCCAGUCAGUGUCGUCCACAAUCCCCAUAUUGCCGAUCUACCGGACCUUGCGCUGGGUGUGCGGCAGGGUAUGUCGAAAAGCCGAGGAUUGUUUAGCAGACACACGCUCUCGCUUACAUCAAGCAGGACGAAACUGCAUAAAGGCGUCCAACGAUUUGUAGACGCCGUGCAUAGGGUGAAGAUCAUGUCAUGAGUUUACAUGGGGAUUAGGAAUAGUAAUGGGUUUGUCAUCGCAGGCGAUGAUAGCGCGAGUAGAUUUUGAAGUAGCAAUUUAAAUGUAUCUAAUAGGAUUUGUAUCGAUAGCGCGAGAAACGUUGCAGAAAGGUGCUAAGCAAUGAUUUACAAUAUGCGUAAUGAUGUGAAUACGAGAGAGUAACGGAACCCAAAGUAAAGCGACAUUAGCCCC